AUGUAUAUAAGCGUGUGUCUUCUCACAAUGCUCACUCUUCGCGGAGUAUCAAAAAUGGCUGACAACGGGGAUGGUCCAAGCAAUACAUCCUCUGGAAAAAAUACAAGAAUAAAUGUGUCUGAUGGUCCAAUAACUGAUCCAGCAUCAACAAUCAAGAGCCUAGAGGCUUCAAAUAAUGCCUUUCACGGCCCGAGAACAAAAUUAGAAUCCAAAUCUGGAGCGUUAAAAAAAUCGAGUCGGUACCGAAGCAGGUCUUUGUCAGCUAGCAGUAAUGACAGCUACAGUUCUGCGUCUUAUACAGGAAGUUCAUCUGGAGAAGACGAUGUUUCACCGCGGGAAAAAAUUCAGAAAACGGAGAAAGGAUUUACGGAUUUUUGUGUGAGAAAUAUCAAUCAGUAUGCAUUUGGAAGGCGUGAAAUAGAAAUUGCUGAGCAAGAGAUGCCUGGAAUAAUGGCGUUGCGUCGACGCGCUGCUGAAGAUAGACCUCUAAAAAAUGCUAAGAUUGUCGGGUGUACCCACAUAAACGCACAGACAGCGGUCUUGAUCGAGACACUGGUAGAAUUAGGCGCACAAGUGCGAUGGGCUGCUUGUAAUAUUUACUCAACACAAAAUGAAGUCGCAGCAGCUCUUGCUCACGCAGGGUAUCCUAUUUUUGCAUGGCGAGGCGAGACCGAGGAAGAUUUUUGGUGGUGCAUUGACAAACUGUACCAGUUGUCAAAAGCAGGAAAACUUUCAGUUCCUGCGAUGAAUGUUAAUGACAGUGUAACAAAAACAAAGUUUGACAAUCUCUACAGCUGUCGCGAAAGUAUAAUCGACAGUUUAAAGCGUUCAACGGAUGUUAUGUUCGGAGGUAAACAAGUUGUAAUCUGCGGGUACGGGGAGGUCGGCAAAGGCUGUUGUCAAGCUCUAAAAGGUCUCGGUUGUAUUGUUUAUAUCACUGAAAUCGAUCCGAUCUGCGCUUUGCAGGCCAGCAUGGAUGGUUUCCGUGUUAUGAAACUCAACGAAGUAAUAAGAAACGUCGAUAUCGUUAUCACGGCAACUGGCAAUAAAAACGUAGUAACACGUGAACACAUGGAUAAAAUGAAAAAUGGUUGUGUUAUUUGUAAUAUGGGUCAUAGCAAUACUGAAAUUGAUGUCAAUAGUUUACGAACACCCGAUUUAACUUGGGAAAAAGUCCGCUCGCAAGUAGAUCAUGUAAUAUGGCCAGAUGGAAAACGUAUCGUGCUUUUAGCUCAAGGACGAUUAGUUAAUUUAUCAUGCUCCAGUAUUCCGUCAUUCGUUGUAUCAAUCACCGCCGCCACUCAGGCUUUAGCCCUUAUUGAACUAUUUAAUGCCCCCGCAGGACAUGAGUAUGUGGCAUCAUUACAUUUGCCAACAUUUGACGCACAUUUAACAGAACUUACCGAUGAACAGGCCAAAUAUAUGGGUCUAAACAAAGCUGGACCUUUUAAACCUAAUUAUUACCGGUAA